AUGUUUAGAUCAAUCAAACAUUUCAGAAGAUUCAAAUCAGAUAAAUUUUCUUCCAUUGAAGAGUUCAAUAAAAAGAAAACUAAUUAUUCAUAUGGGUAUAAUUUUGAAAAAUUGAAAGAUCUAGAUGAGGCAACAAAACCAUCACAACCGCCUCAGCCAGAUCAUAUGGAUAUAAAUCAAGUUCUUGAAAGAGAUCCGAGAUUAUUGAAACUUAAACCUGGAUCACAUGAAUAUAGAGAGACGCUACAUAAGGUACAUGAAGAAUUUAUCCUGAAUGCCAAAAAGCAAGAAAAACGUUAUGAAUUUAAUGAAAGAAUGAGAGGUGUUUUAUACGGACUUGCUGCAUUAGUUGGAGUUAUAUCGAUACAUCAGAUUUUUAUGAAUUAUGGAUCAAUUAAGAAUAGAUUAUUGAUGAAUUAUACUUAUGGAGAUGUUGUUGAUGAAACACCACAACCAAAGAAGAAUGUUAAAAGUUCAAAACAUCUAUUGGAAAAAUUACAAACGGAAUUAAGUGAUGAAAAUUUAAAAAAUAUCAAAAGUAGUGAUGAGCCAGGUGUGUAUUAUUUUGGAGGUGAUACUAAAAUUCCUUUGAGAAUACCGGAAUUUGAUGGCACAUAUAUUAAGGAUGCUUUUGUGGAAAAAGAUAUUAUCGUUGCAAUUACAAACAAAGGUAAAGUCUUGCAAUGGUACAAAGGUUCUUUAAAACAGCUAAAUUUACCUUCAAACCUUACAAGUAUAACACCAACUAGAGAUAACUACUACUUUUUAUCAUCAAAUGGUGAAAUCUUUUAUAUACCGAGAAAAGUGGAGACGGGAUUUAUUCCUAUGCUUAAAAGAAAUUGGUUUGGGAUGUUAAAAGUUCUACCAUAUAGUAAAUUAGAAGAUGUUAAAGAUGUUAUCAGUAUAAGUUCUGGAUUGGAUCAUCUAUUAUUACUUAACAAAUCAGGUCAAGUCUCAGUUGUCAACACGUCUAAAAAUCCAACAAAUCUUGGACAAUAUGGUCCUACUUAUUCACCUUUUGAAAAGAAAAAAAUACCAGUUAAUGAAGUGAUAGAUUUACCAAUUUUGAAUUAUACAUUAGACAAAGGUUCUUUGAUUGAAAGAAAAUUUGAUUCAAUUGCAAGUGGGGAUUAUUUCAAUAUUAUAAGUGAGAAUAAUACUGUGUGGACUUGGGGUGAUAAUAGGUUUGGUCAAUGUGGUGUAAACAAUAGCACAACAACUAUACCAAUACCUAAACAAAUAUUUGUGAAAAAAGAUUUUAAACGAAUACUUAAGACUAAGAUUUAUGAGCCAUUAAAAGUAUUUGCUGGUGCAUCAACUUCAUAUCUAUUAUUAGAUAAUCUAUAUUUACUUUCUUUUGGUUGUGGAUUGAAUGGUGAAUUAGGUUCAGGUAGAUACUUACAAGUUUGUUCAUAUCCAGAAAUAGCGAAAGGUCAAUGGACAACAAAAGAAUAUGAUGAAGCUUCAAACACCUUAAAACUUAUCGGUAUAAAAGAUAUCUCCGUUGGUAACAAUCAUUUCUUACUACAGAUGAAUUCUGGUGAUCUUUUAGCUUCUGGUAGUAACAAUUUCGGUCAAUUAGGUAAUGGUAAAAAAAUCAAAACUUCUAAACCAAUAAAUAUUCCUAAAUUAAUAGAACCAGAAGAUGGAAAAGAUAAAUUGAAAUUAGCACAACUGAUUAGUGACACAACCACAAAAAGACUACAACUCAAAAACAAUCAAACGUUUAUUGCCGGUGAGAACGCAUCUAUUAUAUGUUAUCAGAGGUGA